AUGCCACAACUCAACCCAGCCCCCUGAUUCACCAUCCUUAUAAUCACAUGAGCUCUCGCUGCUGUCCUACUUAAACUAAUUGCCCCUAUACAAAACACUGCCACACCCACCAAGCAAACACUAUUAUACAAGCCCCAUACUUGAAUAUGAACAUGACUAUAA